UCGCUUCUAUUCUUAGCUGCAACUUUUCCACCUUAAUUAUUUUUGCUGAAUCUAAUUUCGAUUUUCAUGGUAUUUCCGCCUCAAUUUUCAGAGGUCGCUAAUCUCUGCUAAGUUUCAAUCGUCUUAUUCGUCUCUGCUAAAUCUGGGCACUUGCUUGACACUCUGAACUGCUUUUUUGGAUGGAGGAUGCUGAAGAGAAGCCAUCUCUCCCAGAAUCAUCCUCGAAAAAUGCUGAACGGAUGUCAUUGGCGGAUCUGCCGAAAGAAAAUAAUGAAACAAUAAACUUGAUUGAUAAUCGUUCUUAUGCUGAAACUCCAAUCAACUCGCUUGGUGAUGGAAAGGGGGAAGCUGGGACUCAUUUGCCUGUGACUGAAUCUUCUAAAUUAUCAGCUCCACAAGAUGCUUGUAAAGGUCAGACUGUAGGAAAAGAUCGAAAUCUUCCUGAAAUUGAUUCAGCCACAACCUCAAUCAGUAAUGGGGAUAAGGAACCCAAGACUCAUUUGCCAGUGAGUGAGUUCUCCAAAUUAGCAACACCACGAGAUGACUCUGACAGCCAAACUGUAGGACAAGAUGAACCAGCUUCAACCUCAAUCAGUAAUGGAAGAGAGGAAUCUGGGACUAAUUUGCUGGUUACUAAACACUCAGAAGUUGCAGCACCACAAAAUGCUUCUGAUGGUCAAGCUAUAGGACAAGAGGAAAUUCUUCCUGUCGAUGGUUCAGCAUCAAAAUCAAAUGGUAUGGUUGGCAUGACUGAAAGAAGCAACAAUGGGACUGUGACUGAAAAUUCUAAACCAGAAGCUGUGGAGAAUAUUUCUGACUUGCAGGAAUCCCAAGAUGGCUGUUUGACUGUCUCUGUUGACACUGAUGUCGAUAAUCAGAUUAUCCACUCUGCUCCUGCUACUGUUCAUGCUGUGCAGCCCAAUGCUAAAAGAGGCCUUAUCGAUACAGCAGCCCCCUUUGAAUCUGUCAAGGAAGCUGUCUCUAAGUUUGGAGGGAUUGUGGAUUGGAAGGCUCAUAGAAUCCAGACUGUGGAGAGACGCAAGCUUGUCGAACAAGAACUUGAAAAGGCUUAUGAGGAGAUCCCUGAGCUCAGACAACAGUCAGAGGCUGCUGAAAAGGGAAAAACAGAAGUACUGAUGGAGUUGGACAGGGCUAAGAGACUAAUAGAAGAACUAAAACUCAACCUAGAGAGGGCACAGACAGAAGAGCAUCAGGCACGACAAGAUUCAGAACUUGCAAAACUUAGAGUGGAAGAGAUGGAGCAGGGUAUUGCAGAUGAAUCUAGCAUUGCAGCCAAGGCACAACUUGAGGUUGCUAAAGCUAGGCAUGCAGCUGCUGUUUCAGACCUACAAUCAGUCAAAGAGGAGCUGGAUGUGCUGCAUAAGGAAUAUGCUUCCUUAGUGACUGAAAAGGAUGUGGCUAUUAAGAAGGCUGAAGAGGCUGUUGCUGAAUCCAAGGAAGUAGAGAAGACGGUGGAGGAUUUGACUAUUGAGCUGAUCGCUACAAAGGAGUCAUUGGAGUCUGCUCAUGCAGCACACUUGGAAGCAGAGGAACAAAGAAUAGGAACAGUCAUGGCAAGGGAUCAAGAUUCUCUCAACUGGGAAAAAGAACUCAAACAGGCAGAAGAGGAACUCCAGAGACUAAACCAGCAAAUUUUGUCCACCAAGGAUCUGAAAUCUAAACUGGACACUGCCUCAGCUUUGCUUCUUGAUUUGAAAGCUGAAUUAGCUGCAUAUAUGGAAACUCAAUUAAAGCAGGAAGGCAGUGAAGAAGGAAUAUCAAAAGGAGACCUAGAAGAACCAGAGAAGAAGAAUCACAAUGAAAUACAAGUAGCAGUAGCAUCAGCGAAAAAGGAACUCGAGGAAGUAAAGCUCAACAUAGAGAAAGCAACUGCUGAGACUAAUUGCUUGAAAGUGGCUGCCUCAUCAUUAAAAUCAGAACUUGAACAAGGGAAGUCAGAUCUUGCGAACAUUGGGCAAAGAGAGGGGAUGGCCUCCAUUGCAGUUGCGUCUCUCAAGGCUGAACUGGACAAUACUAGAUCAGAAAUAGCUUUGACCCAGAUGAAAGAGAAGGAAGCCAGGGAGAGAAUGAUUGAGCUGCCCAAAAAACUACAACAAGCAGCUGAAGAAGCUAAUCAGGCCAACUUGCUUGCCCAAGCAGCUCGUGAAGAGCUUCGGAAGGUGAAGGAGGAGGCGGAACAAGCUAAAGCUGGAGCAACUACCAUGGAAAGUAGAUUACUUGCAGCUCAAAAGGAGAUAGAGGCUGCUAGGGCUUCUGAAAGGUUGGCAAUAGCAGCGAUUAAAGCAUUGCAAGAGAGUGAAUCAACUAGAACCAGCAACGAAUCAGAUUCAGUUUCUGGCGUGACACUCUCUCUAGAAGAGUACUAUGAGCUUAGCAGAAGGGCCCAGGAAGCAGAAGGGCAAGCCAAUGUGUGGAUUGCAGAUGCUAAUUCUCAAAUUGCGAUAGCUAGGGAGUCUGAAUUGAAAACCUUGGAAAAAUUGGAUGAAGCUAAUAAGGAGAUGCUUGCCGGAAGGGAAUCUUUGAAGAUAGCAAUGGGUAAAGCUGAGAAAGCAAAGGAAGGGAAAUUAGGUGCAGAACAAGAAUUAAGAAAGUGGAGGGCUGAGCAUGAGCAACGAAGAAAGGCUGGUGAAAUUGACCAGGGAGUAGUGAACCAGAAUAAAAGCCCAAGAGCUAGUAUGGAGGGCAAUAAGGGAGCAAAUAACCUGCACCGAGCUCCCAGUUCAGAUAAUUCUGGACAUUACUUGCCAAGCCCAAAUGAUUUUGCGCAUGAAAACAGCGCUGAAAAUGGAUCAUUCCCAGACGCAGGAGCUGGAAAGAAGAAAAAGAAAUCAAUUUUCCCACGUGUUUUAAUGCUCUUUGCCAGGAAGAGAUCAAAUGCGACCAAGUCAGGGUAAUCCCUAAUUGAAAUCUUGCGGGGUCACCCUGCAGUUAUUUUGCCUAUCAUCCUUCUGGAGAUCUUGAAGCCCCCUAGAACUGCUCAGACUAAUCAAAUUAUGUUGAACCUGUAUAUUUUGGAUGAUUAUUGUAUGUAUGGUUGAUUGGUUUAUACUGUGUCUUGGUAAAAGGAUCUACGAGUGGUCGCUUGGUUGGUUCUUUAUAAGGAUAAGUUCGCCAUUCUUGGUGAAAAAGAGAGAAUAAGACGGAUCUGAUUUGUGUAUAGGCCCCUUUUGAUACGCUGAAAUAUGCUUUUUGUAAAGCUGUGUGAGAUUUGAUGAAGUGAAAGAGGUUUUCUUUUGCA